CUCUUCUUUUCGCGACCGGUGCUGGUGGUGGUGCUACUAAUGAGGUUCUACUGUUGCGGCUGAGUGCAUGAAACUUGAAUUUGUUUCGCAGAGCAACUUCAUUAUGUGCAUUGUUUUCUGAACGUACAGUUUCAGUUAAUUAUGAAACUUCAAUCGGAUCGGUCAACAUCUUAAAUACAAAGACAAGUUGGCGACGCCAUUUAUCAAUUGGAAUAAAUAUGGAAAUUGUUGGGGCAAACGUAAAACUGAAAAUGUCAGAAAUGGCAUUAAGUCGAAAAUGGACGGUUCUCAAAUAUGUCGUUUUUCUGGCUUACUUCUUGUUGAUUCUCCCUGGCUACAGCGAAUCAUCUUAUCAAUGCAUUCAAACAAAUGAGAAUUUUUCAUUUGAGGCACCCACGAGUGGUUUUGGCAUUGGGCUGCAAGUAACAAAUAGAUCGUUGCAUCAGGUGAUGACACGAAUAUUUUAUAUGUUCUUGAAAGAUGUUCUACAUUAUCGAGAUAUUCGAAUCAUUCCAAUACAUUAUACAAACUCGUCCGAUCCACAUAAUCCCUGGUACACCUUGGACUAUGUGAGGACCUACAAUGGUUUUCACAACAUUAGCAUGAUCAAUUUGGAAGUUUGGAUGCCUUACAGCGUGUACAGAGAGCCGCCUGCAAACAUAUUGAAUGCGGGUGCCUCCAUAACACCCGGUCGAUUCAGUUGGUUCGUACCAAAAGCACAGAUUUCAACAGAUGCCAGCAACUGCAGUUUGCACUAUGAUGUUUUCAAAGAUAUUCACAAUAUACACUAUGAUCUGUACGUCUUGGAAGAUAAUCUUAUGGAUGUGUUAAGGAACAGAAGUGUUGAGGAAUAUAUAAAUCCAAACUGUGUUAAUGUGAAAUGUGCUACGCUUAUAGCCGAGUUCCGGAACGAUUCACAUUUUGUUGUAAAUCAGCUAAAGGAGAGCUUUGUAAAUGUAAUUUGGUUGGGCACCGAAUUUCGAAGCACAAUCCAGGAAUUUGUUGCAUUUUAUCAGACAUCUUAUGCACGUGGUCAGAAAAGAUUUAUAGUCUUGCAUUGGCUACCAUCGGAAAUAAUUGAUGGUGACAUCAAGUUCACACAAAUCACAUUGCCGCGAUGCGAGGACUAUCAAUAUUUGCAAAACACCAAUUGCAGAUAUGAACUAACUCCGAUACUCAAAUACUAUACGAUUAGCUUGGCCAAUGAUAAGCGAUUGAUUUAUGCGCUUCGAAAAUUCUUCAUAACUGACGAGGACAUUGAGUACAUUCAGAGGGAGUUGAGUAUUCAAAGGAAGCACUCAAGCGAUCCAUAUGAUAAAGUUGCUUGCAAUUGGUUACUGAACAACAGGAGAACAUACAGCAAAUGGAUAUUACCGAAUACGGUACAAACUUUAUCGAUCGGUGGCAUAUUUCCCAUCAAUAUCACAGAUCGUGGACAUUUGAAUAUUAUUGGUGCUGCCCAGAAAGCCGUUGUGGCAAUCAACAAAGAUCCAACCAUAUUACCAGACUACAAUUUGGAAAUAAUGCUUAACGAUGGCCAGUGCAAAUCAGAUCUGGUCAUGAAGGCGUUCAUACACUACUUCAAUGUACCAAAUAUGCUGGGUGUUUUGGGACCGGGUUGCAGUGAGACCGUUGAGCCCAUUGCCGGAAUUUCGAAACAUUUAAAUAUGAUGGCAAUUUCCUACUCGGCUGAGGGUUCCUCAUUUGUGGAUCGCAAGGCAUAUCCGUAUUUCUUUCGCACCAUUGGAUCGAACAGCGUUUAUGUGGAUGUGUAUAUGAGGAUAAUGCAACAACUUGGUUGGAGUCGUGUCUCAACCUUGACGGAGGAUAGCCAGCAAUAUACAGAGUAUAUGUCGCGUAUGGAGACCAAGUUGAGAUCACAUAAUUUCACUUUGGCAUUUAGUCGCAAGUUUCCGAGUGAUGUUACAGCUGAGGAUAUGCGGGAGCACCUGGGCCAAUUGAAAGCAGCUCACUCUAAGAUCAUCAUAGCGGAACUUCAUAGCGAUAAUGCUGCUGUUGCCAUCUGUGAAGCCAUCAACUUGGGUAUGACACACAGACAAGAUUACAUUUGGUUUUUACCAGCAUGGCUCUCCAAGGACUUUCAAAUGUGGCAGCAAAAAGUGAAAAACAAAUGCGCUGCCAAACAGUUAGAAAACGCCAUCGAAGGACACUUUAGUAUAAGGCACACGCCCUUUGGCCAACCAAAUGCCAAAAUGCAAGAGGGCAAAUCUAUAAAUUCCUGGCUAACCACAUAUGGCCAAGAAUACGAAACGUUUUCGAAUUAUGUGGGAUUUGUUUACGAUGCCGUUUGGACCUAUGCGAUAGCUGCACAUAAAUUGCUGCAGAACAACACAUAUGCCGUGCACAAUUUGAGGUCCAAGGAGGUUGUAAAUCAAUUCGCCCAAUUUAUUUGGGCAACCGAUUUUGAUGGGCUGUCGGGCAAGGUGCGUUUUGGCCAUGGCGAAUUUGGCGGAUCACGGAUUAUCGAUCUGGAUAUCUUGCAAUGGACAAAUGGAUCUUAUGCCAAAGUUGGCACAUUUCAACCUCAUGUUCGGGCUAAUGGUUCCGAUGUCCAUAUAUGUGGUGGCAAUUUGUCGUUCAGUGCCAGGGAUGUGUUCCAUGGUCGGAUACCAGAGGAUGGCAGAUACGACUGUCGAUUCUCGGGACUGGCUCGUCUUCUUUGUGUCGAUUGCGAUAUUGCCUCGAUGAUCUUCAGCGUGUUGAUGUGUUUGCUGGCGAUCAUGGCCAUGUCGCUGAUAUCAUUCUAUUUUUGGAAACAACGCUAUGAUCGCAAAGUGAGACAAUCGGUGCAGAUAAUGAAAAUGUUUGGCAUUGAUUUGAUAUCGCCAUCGCGUAAUAAAAUCAACACCCUGGACAAAUGGGAAGUGCCCAGGGAGAAUGUGGUCGUCAAUCGAAGAUUGGGCGAAGGUGCCUUCGGCACUGUUUAUGGCGGUGAGGCAAAAUUCAAUUCGGACGAUUGGACAGCUGUGGCUGUUAAGACCCUCAAGUCUGGUGGCUCGACGGAGGAUCGCUUGGAUUUCUUGGCCGAGGCCGAGGCAAUGAAGAAAUUCAAUCACAAGAACAUUAUAAAACUUUUGGGCGUCUGCCUGCAAAAGGAGCCCAUCUACACAAUCAUGCAGUUCAUGCUGUAUGGCGAUUUGAAGACCUAUCUGCUGGCGCGCAGAAACAUGGUCAACGAGAAGAUCACCGAUGAAUCGGAUAUAUCAUCCAAGCGCCUGACCAUGUACGCCAUGGACGUGGCCCGGGGCUUGGCCUAUCUGGCGGAACAGAAAUAUGUGCAUCGCGAUAUCGCGUGCAGGAAUUGUUUGGUUGACUCACAGCGUAUGGUGAAGAUUGCUGACUUUGGCAUGGCUCGUCCCACAUUCGAGAGCGAUUAUUAUUGCUUCAAUCGGAAGGGGGUUCGUAAAUUGUUCCCAGUGCGCUGGAUGCCGCCGGAAACGUUGUCGCUGGGUUUAUUUACAUCUGCAUCGGAUAUUUGGUCAUUUGGUGUUGUACUCUUUGAGGUUAUCACAUUCGGCUCGUAUCCGUAUCAGGGCAUGACCAAUAAUCAAGUUCUGGAUUUUGUUAAAAACGGAAAUACGUUGCAAAUUCCGAAUGGUGUCAAGCCACAGUUGGAGGGUCUGCUGAAGGCAUGCUGGAGUCAGGAUGCCAGCAAGCGACCCACUGCCCUCGAAGUCAUCGAUUAUAUAUCAAAUUAUCCGCGACUGCUGACUCCAUGCCUUGACCUGCCCGGCACGGCUGUCCAGCUGCCAGAGUCGGACGAUGAAAUGGAGCUGUUGCCAAAUGCUCGUUUGUCUUCUCCACGACUCCAUGACUCCAAUUUGGACAUAUUGGCCAAGACAAACAGUGCUGGCAAUAUGCAGAAAUUCGAUAUCAUCGGUGAUGGCAAUCUGUCAGAAUUAUUGGCAACCGAUGAUUCGGGCACUGUGAGCAUGCCACACGAUUCGUUUUCCUCAACUACACCGGACGGAUACAGCAUAAUGGCUCCACUUUUGAGCUACAGCAAAAAGGAUGUUAAUUCAAACCCGGAAAAUUAAUAUAUAAACAUUGAAUGCAUUUAAUAUGCAUACGAUAUGCAUGCAUAUUUUUAUUAAUCGAGACUCGGAAAGAUUUUAUUUAAAUAGUUGUUACAAAAAAAAAAAGAAAGUAAACCUAAGUUUUAAGAAAAAAGCGAGCAAUCCAAAUUUUAAAUUGAUGAGAAAUAAAAAAUGUGCACGAACAGUUCUGAAAGUGAUAUUUUAAGAAAACUAUUUUAAGAUAAGCAACAAUUAUACAUACAAACUUAAAAACGUAUAUAAGCUGACUUGUAUAGAAUGUGAAAAGUUUCUUAUGAAGGUUUUUAUGUGAAUUAAAGCAACAACAAAAAUGUUUCAAAUACAA